AGCAGAAAAGCCCAAAGCAGUGUGAGGACAACCGCCAGGUGGUGGCUCAGAGGAGGACACAGUCGCUGUGGGCAGGUGGUCAGGGCAUAGGAAGGAAUGAGCUCUGGAUUUUUAGUAAUCUACAACAAUCAGGCAGUUCCAGGACACAGGGAAGUGACUGUGAACAGCCAAUGGACCCGGAGCCGACAGCCUGGGCAGGUGUAGGCUGGACUAUGGAUGCCCUGUAACCCUGCCAGGCUGGGAAGGGGAGGCCUGAUCCUGAGGGCGUGUUAGGAAGGAGAUGCCCAGGUUCAGGUGUAUCGUGCAUUUUUUUUCCACAGUGCAGAAAUGACAUUUCUGGUUGGUCUUGAAUGUCUGCUCUGGCCAAGCCACCUCCUCUCAUGCUAGCUAACCAAGUGGCACGUGUGCCCACGCAGGCCGUUCUAAGGAACACUGUAAUUGUCUAGACAAUUUUCUCUCAAAUACUCCAUCCUGGAAGCAUCCGGUCAGCAGAAGAGGGAAGGCAGGAGGGUGGCAGCGUCCCGGCUGAGUCCUCUUGCACAUGGGAGCUGGAAUCCAGCCAGGCUCCAGAGCGGCUCUGGCUGGCAAGGGACCUGAACAGGAAGAUGGGACUCGAGGUUUUCUGCAUGUGUGGAAGUGCGCAUGCUCGUCUACAGCUUUCCUGGAAGAAGAAAGAAACAAAAACUGAGAUUUAGAACAGCAGGUCUGUUUCCACCGGCGGCCACUCUUGGGCACUGGAGAUCAGCAAGAGCUUUGUUUUUAAAAGGCUCUUACAUGGCAGAUAUUCGCAGAGGCAUCAGGGCUACACUUAAAUGAAGGGCUCCAGCUGGCACCUGAGGAGCGGCGUGACCCCGAGGGCCCAGGGAGCUGCCCGGCUGGCCUAGGCAGGCAGCCGCACCAUGGCCAGCACGGCCGUGCAGCUCCUGAGCUUCCUGCUCAGCUUCCUGGGCAUGGUGGGCACGUUGAUCACCACCAUCCUGCCACACUGGCGGAGGACGGCGCACGUGGGCACCAACAUCCUCACGGCCGUGUCCUACCUGAAAGGGCUCUGGAUGGAGUGUGUGUGGCACAGCACGGGCAUCUACCAGUGCCAGGUCUACCGGUCCCUGCUGGCGCUGCCCCAAGACCUCCAGGCUGCCCGUGCCCUCAUGGUCAUCUCCUGCCUGCUCUCGGGCAUAGCCUGCGCCUGCGCGGUCAUCGGGAUGAAGUGCACGCGCUGUGCCAAGGGCACACCCGCCAAGACCACCUUUGCCAUCCUCGGCGGCACCCUCUUCAUCCUGGCCGGCCUCCUGUGCAUGGUGGCCGUCUCCUGGACCACCAACGACGUGGUGCAGAACUUCUACAACCCGCUGCUGCCCAGCGGCAUGAAGUUCGAGAUUGGCCAGGCCCUGUACCUGGGCUUCAUCUCCUCGUCCCUCUCGCUCAUUGGUGGCACCCUGCUUUGCCUGUCCUGCCAGGACGAGGCACCCUACAGGCCCUACCAGGCCCCGCCCAGGGCCACCACGACCACUGCAAACACCGCACCUGCCUACCAGCCACCAGCUGCCUACAAAGACAAUCGGGCCCCCUCAGUGACCUCGGCCACGCACAGCGGGUACAGGCUGAACGACUACGUGUGAGUCCCCACGGCCUGCCUCUCCCCUGGGCCUCUGUGGGCUGGGUCCCCGGCAGGACCGUCAAUGGAGGCAGGGGUUCCAGCACAAAGUUUACUUCUGGGCAAUUUUUGUAUCCAAGGAAAUAAUGUGAAUGCGAGGAAAUGUCUUUAGAGCACAGGGACAGAGGGGGAAAUAAGAGGAGGAGAAAGCUCUCUAUACCAAAGACUGAAAAAAAAAUCCUGUCUGUUUUUGUAUUUAUUAUAUGUAUUUAUGUGGGUGAUUUGAUAACAAGUUUAAUAUAAAGGGAUUUGGGAGUUUGGUCAGUGGGGUUGGUUUGUGAUCCAGGAAUAAACCUCGUGGAUGUGGCUGUUUAUGAAA